AUGGCAGCUGAGACCACUGAAAUGCUGAUGGCGAUGAAGAGUGACGUUGCUGAACAGUCGCAGGAGGACCAGCAGGAAGCAGCCGCUGCCCCGAAGCCUUUAGGCCCGCAGGCUCAGCCCUGGAGCGGGGACGAAAUCCGGUGCUUCAUCCGUGAGUGGGAACUCCUGGGCGACCCACGCGGGAGGAAGGAUAUCAAAACGGCUAAGGCGAUCGCACAGAGGCUGAGGGCCAGGGGCAUCCUGAGGAGCCGGAAACAGUGUCUCUGCAUGCUGGAGAACCUGCGAGAAAUGUACUGGACCGUCCACCGCGCCAACCAGCGGCCGCGCGCCCAGCCCCUGCCCUGCCCCUUCGGAGAAGCCCUGCACCGACUCCUGGGGCCCGGAGGGCAGCACCCGGCCUCCGAUCCUCCCAGUGAGUGUGGGGUCCGUCUCGCUGCUCCUGGGGCUCAGGCCCAGGCCUGGGGACCACCAGCUCCCUUUGAGGGGCCACUGUGGACGCCCCCACCGGUGAUAGAAGCUCCGUGGACGCAGCUGCCCGUGGUCCCUGCAGGCGCCCAGUGGGUCAGUUGGCAGCCCGGUCACCCCGCCCCGGCCUUCUGGUUCCCUCCAGGCCUGCCUGCCUUUGUGCCCCUGGGCUUUGUGCCUCCCAUGGUCUCCAAACUCCCCGCUGUCCCCAGCCCCUCGACAGCCCCUAGCCCCCUGAAGGCCUCCAGCCCCCCAAAUGCCCCCAGUUCCCUGACUAUCCACAGCCCCGAUGGGCCCCAGCCCCUGGACGGCCACCAGCCCCCAGUAGCCCUCAGCCUCCCGGCUGUCCCCGCCCCCCAGUAG